UAUGGGCCUGAGCCCAACCUUGUGCGGUACCAGAGUUUCGAGCGUCCGCCCCCGGAUUCACGGCCAUCUUCCUCUUCUUCCUCUUCUUCGUUCGGUUCUGUGAUCUACGUUCUACCUGCACGGUGAUUAUUGAUCGUCCUCCGGUGUUACGCCGACUUAGAUCGCAUCUAGAGAAGGAAUCGCAGGAGGCCUCACGUCUCCGAUCGUCGGUAUGAUUCAACUCCCGGCAGUAUCGGUAAAACCGCUGUUCAGCGUAUUGGUGGUCACUCUCUCUGUCCUCCUCGCCAUUUCCGUGCUCGCUCCUCGUUCUAUCUUCUCUCAGACCUCCUUCUCGUCCCUUUCCAGAGAGAAUGUCGACAUAUGGAGCGUGAGGAGGAUGUUGGAAUGGAGACCUUGCAAAUGGUGGCUUCAAGGACAUCUGAUCCCUCUCUCAGAGAAGAGUAAUGGAUACAUCCGAAUCGAUUGCUACGGUGGCCUCAAUCAGAUGAGAAGAGAUCUAUGUGAUGGUAUUGGCAUUGCUCGUCUGUUGAACGCCACACUUGUUAUGCCAAAAUUUGAAGUUGCAGCCUACUGGAAUGAAUCAAGUGGUUUUGCAGAUGUCUUUGACGUUGACUACUUCAUUCAACAAAUGACUGGCUUUGUGAGAGUUGCUAAAGAGUUGCCCCCGGAGUUUGCAUCGAAGGAACCCUUUCCAGUAGAUUCUAGCAAACGCAAAGGCCAAUUUGAUUACCUUGAAAGUGUCCUUCCAUCUUUAUUGGAACAUCAAUAUAUAUCUUUUACACCAGCAAUGAGCCAAAGACGGGAUAGAUAUCCAGAGUAUGCAAAGGCUGCUUUCUGUCAAGGCUGUUACAGUGCAUUACACUUGACCAAAUCUUUGGAGAAGAAAGCUUCUGAGCUCCUCCUGGCCAUACCGAAGCCCUUUCUUGCACUUCACCUCCGUUUUGAACCCGACAUGGUUGCUUACAGCCAAUGUGAGUACACAGGUCUCUCACCAUCCUCUAUGGAAGCCAUCAAAGCAGCUCGGGGAGAUAAAAAACCGUGGACUGGUGAUCUGGCCAAAAUUUGGAGAAGACGGGGAAAAUGCCCCCUUACACCAAAAGAGACGGCCUUUAUACUCAAGGCUCUUCGGAUCCCUACCAAUACACAUAUUUAUCUUGCUGCUGGUGAUGGCAUCAUGGAAAUUGAAGGGCUGACAUCUGUCUACACUAAUGUGGUCACCAAAUCUGCGCUUCUCAGUGGUGAGGAUUUCGGAAACAUGCAUGGGAACACAAAAGCCGCUUUGGAUUACUAUGUUUCAAUAAAUAGCGAUGCCUACAUGGCUACAUACUUUGGGAACAUGGACAAGAUGGUUGCAGCCAUGCGCGCCUUCAAGGGCCUGCACAAAACUCUUUUCUUGAGCAGAAGAGCAUUUUCAGAACUUACUUACAUGGGCUUCAGAGGGAAAAGGUUGGCGCGAGCACUUUGGGAGGCACAUAGAGAUGAUUUUGUAAUGGGAAGAGGAUCUGCAUUGCCGGAUUGCUUUUGCGAGUUCAAAUUGUGAUCUUGAGGUCUCUGCUUCAAAAAGUUUAUCCUUUUUCCUC